CAUGGAUUGGGAUUUAUUGACAUUCCAAGUAAAGAACACAAACCAAGACAUUCUGCGCUAUCUGUCAUAUAUUGACCAAAGAUCUGGAUAUAGCCUACGAUUGAAUACGACACAUUUGGUUGUUCGCUGUAUAGGCCACUUUUAGUUUGGUUAUUUUUUUACCACUACGGUCGUGAUUGCAGUAGGCUAGUAUUGACACCCUCGGUGGACGGACGCGCCUGAUCAUCAUCCGUCGGCGGAAUUGUUCGCUGACAGAUGGAGGACGACAGAUGGGAUCCUCGGGAUGUGCAACAAGGCAGCGAGGGAUAUCAUGGAAAAUAGGGCAUUCCACACCAAAGGGGAAUACCCCACACACAUUCGAAUUAAUUGAGGUCAUGGGCAUGGCGGGUCGGAUAACAUAUCUCUCCGGUUGGUAAAUCACACUCGGUCGUCAUCUGCGUAGCCGGCUGCGAUUUAUCUGGUGAGAAACUUUCAUUGCGAGCCAGCUUUCGCUGAGUUAUCUCCGUCUAUAGCCUAGCCUAUCCACCGGGGUGUUCAAAAAUCAUGGUCGAUAAUCGCUACGCCACAGCUCUUGUGAUCGCCUGCGUCCUGAGCAUCAUUGCAACGGUGUACCUAUCCGUGGCCGUGGGAACGCAGCACUGGUACCAGUAUAUCAGCCCGCCUGUUUACGGCGAGGCUAAUGCCUCAGAGCUUCGCGCUCUCCAGGAAGAAUUCAUUGAUGGCGAAUUCGAUGAAAAGACAUACAGCGACUCUCUCUUCCGCCUCAACGGGACAGUGGGUUUGUGGUGGCGCUGCUUGCAAGUGCCUACAGAAACCCAUUGGUACAAAGAACCAGACCCUAAAAUGGUGAUGGAGUGUGUCAGUUUCACUCUGGCACAACAGUUCACACCCAAGUACAAGGAGCCAGGGAAUCACAACAGUGGAGAGGACAUGAUACGGACCUACUUAUGGAGGUGUCAGUUCCUGCUUCCACUGGUGUCAUUGGGGCUGGUGGUGCUGGCAGGCAUAAUAGGCUUUUGUGCAUGUUUAUGUCACAGUCUUGCCCCCACACUUGGGAUUGGGGUGCUCCAUCUAUUGGCUGCCUUGUGCACCCUGGCCACGGUCUGCUGCUACCUGGCCGGCAUGGACCUGCUGCAUCGAGUGUCAGUGCUGCCCGACCGCGUGGACGCCUCCCUGGGCUGGUCGCUCUACCUGGCGCUCAUCUCCUCUCCGCUGCACAUGAUGGCCGCCGCCCUGCUUGUGUGGGCGGCACGCAGCCACAGCCAGAACUACUACCGCAUGACCGCGUAUAGAGUAGCAUAAAAACACACAAACACUCCACCCACGCUUCACCCCCUUACCCUUGCCCCUCUAUUAUAGGAGUCCCCCAACUCCCCCAAAACCCUUUCUAAGGGGAGUGUGGGGAUAGGUCAACCCCUUGCAUUGUUGGACAUUUAUUCAUUUUAGAUCAUAGGUGGCUUUAAGAUGUUGGCAUUUGAGUUGCUUGCGUUGCUGUGAGUGGUAGGCAAACACUAGCUUUUUCUUAUUUAUUUAUUUGUUUGUUUGUUUGCUUAUUUGUUCAUUUGUUUAUUUUCUGAUCCCGGAGUUCUCUGCUGUUCUGCUCAAGCUUUAUGCAUUCUUCAGGCUCUUGACAAGUUACUUUGGUGUGCUUUCACCCAAAGGGCCUACGCAGCCAUUAGUGGUCCUUACUUGUAGAUGACUGCCUAACUUCUUUCUGGUAGCCUUAGUGUUGUUGAACCUUGUCUGUUUCUCAGGGUCAUGUACUUAGUUACUGGCUGACUCCGGGUCAGUUCUGAGCCUGAUUAAGGCGGGAGUCUGGGAGCUGUCUAGUGACAGCUGAUGUUAGUGUAGAUGUUUUUGGUCCGCCUGAGCACUUUAGCUAGCUGAUUUCACUCAAUAUAGUGUGGUCCUGAUUCAUGAUUUGACACUUACAUCAUGAUUUUGACUUGCAUUAGGGUAUUGUGAACUUUUCAGGUGUGUGAACUGAAUUGGCAUGUACUCCGAUGUACUGAGUACUGGCAGAUGUACUGUGUCUUUGUGUGUGUGUGUGUGUGUGUGUGUGUGUGUGUGUGUGCGUGCGUGCGUGCGUGCGUGCGUGCGUGCAUGUGUGUGCGUGCGUGUGUGUCUGUCCUUCUCAUUGCUGGCUUGCUUCUCGCCUAAUGAUAUUGAAAUGAAACAGAUAUCUGAACAUUACAAAAAUCAGUUCCUGCACAGUGAGCCUCACAGUUUUGGGGGUAACAUAUGAGCAUAAUCACACAUUUUUGUUAGUAUUUUGCUUUUAUUUUGACUUUUAUUUGGUGACAUUAGCUUUCUGUACCUGAAAGCCAAGGGUAUUUACAGUGAAUAAUAUCAUUAUCUUUUGUAUGCAAGUUCUUUGGGGAAACUAAAGGAAAAAAAUCCAAAGUGGCUCUUUUUCCUGGAAUGCUAUACUGCACUGAAUCAGGAAUGGAAGGUUAACAUUUGAGCCAAUGAACUCAAGGUGCAAUAGUCUGGACAGUAUAAUCAGAGACUGAAUAGGAAACUGUGGGAACAUCAUGCUCCAGAAUGCACACAAAGCACUUGUCCCCCAAACAUUUCUGGUGAAACACAUCACCAAGUGUGGUGUGUAGAGUCAGUAUUUUGGGCCAGUGGAAGCUGGCAGUUGUACCUUUUAAUUAAGUAUGUGAAGGAAAGAAAAAGUCGAUGCAGAAUCAAUCAUGAAAACUAUCAAAGAGAAUUGCUCUGAUAACUGCAUUCAACCCAAUUCAGCUUCUGUUUCUUGGCGGUUGUUGCUGUGAAAGAUUUAGAGCCUGAUAUUGUGAGAAUAGUUAGCCUUUGAAAAUGUGACCCCAUAUCAAGCUGGAAGAGUGGUCUGUUUUAGUAUUGAGGCAUCACAGUCAGCUCUAAAGUAGAUAAUCCAUCAAUGGCGUAUCGGUUUUUAAUAACAACAAGAAUUUCAGAAGGGUACAGCUCUGCUGGACCAUUCAGGACUGGAUGUCCAAAGUGACAGGCAUCCCUACCGACCAAUCAUUAAGUCAGUUACACUUACUUGCAUCAACUAUUCUGUGUCAUCGUCAUGGGCAUGUCAAGUCAUGCUGUGUGUUAAAGCAACACAUGAAAAGAUUACCUGCUUGUGUGUGACAACCUUUAUAGAGCUGACAAUCCAGUGUCAAUUAUUUGUUUGUCCUCAGUGAAUGGGUCAUUGGGAACACAUAACAUGUUCUGUACACAUCAACGUGCCCUCGUUCCAAAAGAGGGAACAUGCAUUUCAGGUUUUGUUUUUCUAACAAUGGAGACCGUGGAGCUGAGAGGCACCUUUUUUUUUGUCUUAAGUCAGUUGUGUUAUUUGUGGUUAGGUUUGGGGCUGAUACUUUUUGGAGUGGACUAUGAAUAAACAUGGGAGUUUUAGACCCCGUUGUGUUAUUGCCUGUAAGGAGCUAAAAUGAGUUGGAGGAAAGCAGAGAAAUGAGGGCGGAAGAAUAGGUGGCUGGUUGUGAAAUACUAGUCCAUUCUUCUCUCAAUUUCUGCCAUCAUAUUUAUUUAUUUUCUCAUUUUAUUUAUUUUUGUCGUGACUGUUUGUAAUAUCUGUCUGUAUUAGAAAUAUUCUUUUUUACAUUUGAUAUUUAGAAAUAGUUUAUUUAUGGCUACUGUGAUUUAAAUUGAUUUAAUGAAAUUAAAUUGAUAUAAUGAAAUCAUUAAAAAUGAAAUGUUUGUAAUAGAUCAAAUUUCAAUCUAAUGAUGGCUGUUUAUUUGUACACUAUCCACAUUUCUGGUACACUGCCGGCUGUGUUAUACAGACACAAAAACAGAUGAUUUUAGAAAUAGACCAAUUCAAGCAAAGUUAAGUUGUUUUCUUCAGCUUUUGAAUGUAGAGAAGCGUCGAUAUCAAUCACUCUUAUAUUUUGUUUUCAUCUUUCUCUCUAUGAUAUCUCAGAAUUGUUUUUAAAAUGUUCUGUUCUAGCAGUGCUGCAUAUGCAUUAGGAAGUUUGAAAAUGUGAGGCAUAUAUUCAUUAAAGCUGAUGACGUUA